UAAUUGUGACAUGACAGGAAGAGAAGCCAUUCAACAUAAAAGACCUGCCAUUUCCCCAGAAUUGGACCCUUGCACGCUUUCUAACUACUAUGACGUGAAUAUAGUGUCAAGCAACUUAGACCUUGUGGUGUCGUUCGACAACAAAACUGUUUCUGGCCUGGUGACUUACGUUUUAAAGUUUGCUUCAAAACGGGUGUCAAAAUUGACUUUAGACUGUUCUUACUUGGAUAUAAAAGGGGUUUCAGUUAACGACAAGUCAGCUCCAUUCACGAUGCUUCCCAUAUCUGAACCUUUUGGAUCUCCACUUGAAAUCUCCUUGGAGACCAUUGUCGACUCAGAGUUUUCUGUGUCUAUAACCUAUGCCACCACAGAAAAGUGUACGGCACUUCAAUUUAUAAAUGGUGAUACUGGCCCCUACUUGUUUUCCCAGUGCCAGCCGAUACACGCUCGAUCCUUAUUUCCAUGCUUCGACACUCCAGGAGCCAAGUCUCCGUUUAAAUACAAGGUAUAUUCGCCUCUGAAGGUGUUAAUGUCUGGGUUACCGGAGGAAACCAUUGAAAAGGAUGUUUAUUACUUCAACCAGCCCAUUCCAAUCCCAUCCUACUUGGUGGCCAUUGCCUCAGGUAACAUUGUUUCCGCUCCAAUUGGUCCUAGAUCACUGGUAUAUUCAGAAGAACCCAAGAUCAAGGAAUGUCAAUGGGAAUUUGAGCAGGACAUGGAAGACUUUAUUCAAGUGGCAGAAAAAUUGACUUUUAAAUACGAAUGGUCCAAGUUCGAUGUGUUGGUCUUACCGCUGACAUUUCCGUAUGGUGGUAUGGAAAAUCCAAACAUCACGUUUGCAACCCCAACCUUACUUUGCAAGGACAGGUCUCAAGUGAAAGUGCUUGCACACGAAUUGGCCCAUUCGUGGGCUGGAAACUUGGUCACAAACUGUUCAUGGGAGCACUUUUGGCUCAACGAAGGUUGGACGGUAUACUUUGAAAGAAGAAUCUUAGGAGCGAUUGCCGCAAUAAAGGCCAAAAGAAGUGGAAGGCAAGAUUACGAGGAGUAUGGGGAGAAGUACAGGCAUUUUGCAGCGUAUCUUGGUUGGAGUGAAUUAGCUCAAACCAUUCCUGAUUUGGCUGUGGAAUCGACUUCUUUGAUAUGGAAUCUCACCAAUCAAGAUCCAGAUGACUUCUACUCAAGAAUUCCUUACGAUAAAGGGUUCACUUUCCUUUAUUACCUUGAGAACAAGCUCGGAGGGACUAAGGAGUUUGACGACUUUAUUCCUUUCUACUUCAAAAAGUUCCGGUACCAGUCCAUUGAUUCCUUCCAAUUCAUUGACCUGUUGUAUGAGUUUUUUGUCCCAAAGGGGAAACAAGAGGUAUUAGAUUCUAUUGACUUUGAAGCAUGGCUUUUUGCACCUGGUUUGCCCGAAUAUCAAAAUUUCGACACCAGUAUGGUAGAUGAGUGCACUAAUUUGGCUGAUAAGUGGAUUUCUUCCUUUGUAAAGGGUGAUGUGGAUUUGAUUAAAGCCACUUUUGACCAAGAAAAGGACUUUGCCAGUUUUGAUGCCAACCAACAUUUGGUAUUCCUUGGAAAUCUCUCCAAACAACUUGAUUCCACGGAUGUUGAUCCUUUGUUGGUAAGAGUAUUCCCUGAUGUUUAUCCAUAUUACAGUGAAAGCCAGAACUUUGAAAUCAUCUUCAACACCAGCAGUCUUUUGAUCAAAUACGGCUCUUAUUCCGAAACAGAUACCACAGUGCAACGAUUCGCAAGCUGGUUGCACACGGUGGGGAGAAUGAAGUACGUUAGACCAGGUUACCGGUUGUUAGCCAAACAUAUUUCCCGGGACUUUGCAAUAAAGACGUUUGAAGCCAACGACAAUUAUCACCCAAUUUGCAAAGCCUUAGUCAAGAAAGACUUGGGCAUCUAAAUACUAAUUUUGCAGCCAUAAAAUAUAUGACCUUGCCUAAA